AGCCCACCUUUGACGGUCAUACGAUUGAGGAUUGUGCACCGAUGGCUCGGAUCUUUGACCAUUUUGAGUACUCGCCAAAGCCUAAAGGUAAAAUCCAUUUUAUAGUAACCCAAAUCAUGCAAGUUAUACAGUAACAAGUGGUUUUUUGAAGGUGUAACCCACAAUGACCCCUUCACCCCGCCCUAUCUCUUGGCUGAAGAACCCUCAUCGAGCCGUCACUGUUGAGAUCACUAUCUUUUUCUACAUUGCUGGUAUGAUACUGGAGCUUCCAGUACUGCAACAAUACUUGUAUGAAAGGGCAGCCAAGGAGCUCAAAAUCAACAACACUAGUAACACAACAAUAUGCAGCCCUAACGACUUGAAUAGCACAGGACAGAGUGCAAAUGAUGCAGUACAGGAAAAGGCGUCACAGUAUAUCCUGGCGUAUAACCUGGCCCUUCAGUUACCUGCGGUUCUGACAGCUUGUCUACUAGGGACAUGGUCGGACAAAAAUGGCCGCAAACCUCUAAUGCUAAUAGUUGCGUUUGGUGCAAUUGUUGAUGCCUCUGUUGCAUUAUUUACUGUGUAUACAGAUGGGCCACUCUACCCUUUGAUUAUAGGUGGUGGAAUAAAUGGUGUGAUGGGAUUCUACCCAACAAUGGUCCUGGCAUUACUGGCUUACAUUGCAGACACCACACCUCCAGAAAGACGUGCCAUAAAAUUAGCAGUGCUAGAAGCCCUUGCAUUUCUAAGUGGGACUUUGGGGCACUUCUCCAGUGGAAUCUACAUCCAUCACUUAGGGUACAAGGCAACAUUUUGGGGAAUCUUGUCCCUCCACCUCAUCAACUUCAUCUACUUGCUGUUCUUCCUUCCAGAAUCAAUGCCAAAACAAAGGAUAGAGCAAUCAGGCAAAUGCUUGACUCUAGAGCAAGUCAAGUCGGUUUACAUGGUCUAUUUGAAAAAGCGUGAUGGUCGUUGGAUCCUCUGUGUGUUAAGCUUGUUGUCUGUGUUUUUCCUGUUUGCACAGUACAUUGUGACCACCUUGGGGGUACUGUACGGGAAGCGGUACCCACUGUGCUGGUCUGCAGAGUUGGUUGGUUAUUUUUUGGGGACACUUCUCUGCGUCAAGGCAUUUGGAGCAGUGUUAGGUAUUUGGUUAGGAUCAUUGAUGAAGCUGACAAACUACACUGCAGCACAAAUAGGGACCUUGUUUCUGAUUGCUGGGCUGACUAUGAUUGGCUUUUCACAGACAACAUUCCUAAUGUUUAUGUCAUGUGUUGCAAAUCUCUUCUCGGGUGUACCACAGCCUUGUAUUAGGGCGCAGAUGUCUCAGAUGGUUGGCAAGGAAGAACAAGGUGCCUUGUUUGCUAUCCUUGCAUCACUAGAAAGCCUCACCAACUUUACAAGUCAGUUAAUCUUCAACCCUCUGUAUGCAUGGAGCAUAGCUAAUGUCGCCUGGAAAUAUGCAGCAGGGAUCCCAUUCUUUGUGAAUGCAGGGAUUGCUGUUAUUCCGUUCAUUUUACUUGGGGUGAUACGCUGUGCAGGUUCCAGACCCAAAAGUGGCAAACACAAGUCUCUGCUUCCAGAACCGAUAGAAGAAAAUAAUUACAAAUGCACUGAAGCUGGUGAAGAGGACAAACUAUUGAAUCCAUCGGCGGUACAGAAAGAAGGCUGUGCAUAUGGGGCAACUCGAAACCAAAAUCCCCUGGCAUAAUGCUUGCACUGGCAAAUCAUGAAAUGACAAUCUAAAACAUUUAUUCUAAACCACAUAAAUUUUACGAAAAAUAUGUACAUAUGAAUUUAAUUGAUUUUUUUAGCAUUUUUUUUAAAUAGUGACCAGAAUUUUAUAUGCCUUCAUUAUCUUGUAAUAAAAAAAAUACAUUUUAUAAUUAUAUAACAUUUGAAUUUGAGAAGUUUGCAUAAAAAUUCUGGCCUCAUGAAGAAUUUAGCAAUGUAAAUAAUAAAACGGUCACUAUAGAGUUA